AUGGACGAGUCAUCUGGCCGUGGCCACCGGGAGAAAAAACCUAGCGAAAAGGUCAAAGAGCAGGUGUCGGCCAAGGUAGACGGGUUCGAGGACGAGAAGACGGUUAUUCUCCCAACCUACAUCGCGCCCAACGACCCGAAAUUCCUCCAAGAUCAGAAGGAGGUCCCGAAAAUCUACGAUCACACGAAGAUAGCACCUAAUGGCGACAAGAUCGAGUUCUAUUCACUAGGGACACAGUAUGCACCUCCCGCUCAGUUCAAUGGGACGUUAACUAAUCCGAUCAGUGUGGAAAGUAAAGAAAAACGAUACUAUGUUCGUGCAAAAAGAGAUCCCGACACUUUCUACUUCCAUGCAGAUGAAGCGCCUCCUCGAUAUGCCCGUCUCAGUGACGAGAACCAUCCCCAAUGUGGAGUUGAGGGGCUCAAGAAUACCUUCACCAAGGACAUGUUAGGAAAGAGUGGAGAGUUCGGCAGCUAUACUACAAGAGCAAACGUCUUUGCAAGAGAAGGGAAAUUCUUCUUCGAGGCAAAGGUCAUCAGUCUAGCACCUCCGGGCAGAGAGGCCCCAACACGUGCUCUUGCGGAUACUCAGAACCCUGACCGAACAGCCACAAACCGGGGCGGACUUCGGGUUGGAUUCUGCAGGCGGGAACACCACUGGAGCGAAAUCCUAGGAGGAAACGCAUACAGCUACGCCGCCGUCCUCAGGAGCGGCAGAUCGAAGGAGUAUGGGAGUGUCCGAUUCAACACCCUGAUGUACCACAUGCAGGGCGAGGGCGCCCUCGAUCCUGAAGACCUUUCACCGGGAGAUGUCGUUGGGCUCAUGAUCACUCUUCCGUCGCUGGAGGUGCACAAGAAAGUCGUCGAGGGCACAUUCAACCCAGCGGAAUACCCGGAUCUCAAAUGCGGUCCUGCUGUCAUUAAAAAGAAGUCAGGAGCUGGUAAGAAAGCCGCUAAGAACGGGACCAGAGCCAAAGAUGGCGAGCCUGGAAAGAGCAAGGAAGAGACGAGCAAGAAGUCAAACACUCGCAGUGCAAUACGGAGCGCAUUGCAUCCUCUUACAGGCUGCGCCCUACCAUCGGAUCAUGACAUUAUUCGAGAUCGCAACCCAUUCCUGCACAAAGGCAUGACUUACUUCGAAAGCCCCGAAUACACUCCGAACCACGAUCUCAGUCGGCCGACGCUGAAUUCAAAGAACAAAUCAGUCAAUCCGGAGACGGGUAAGAAAUAUGAUCUUCUCACUGAUCCUCACCCCAACCACGACCUACCGCACCUCCGUACGCUACCUGGAAGCAAGAUCGAACUUUGGGUGAAUGGGAAAUAUCACGGAGUUAUUUGGGAACACCUCUUUGCAUUUCUGCCGCCUGCGUCCUACAUCGAAAAGGGCAGCCGCGCUGUGACCGGUCACGGCGACGUGGAUGAUGGUCUGUUGGGGUACUACCCGGCAAUUAGUCACUACACGGGCGGCGCAAUCGAGUGCAAAUUUGAUGAGCCAUGGUGGUACGGAUACGGCCAGGACGGCCCUCAACAUCCGGAUGCUCGCCCUAUUGGCAUCCGGUAUCAAGAGCAGAUUGUCGAAGACAUGGUUAAUGACCUGGUGGACGAGAUCUACCAAGAAAAGUUGUAUAAUGACCCGGAAUGGAUGAAGAAGCGAGUAUUGAAUGCUGCCCCGGUCAAUGUACAGCACAACUGA